AUGGAACAUGAGGAGGCUUCACAGAGCGUUAGGGUUGCGGUCAAUAUCAGACCACUCGUGACCUCUGAGCUUCUUGUUGGCUCUACCGAUUGCAUUACUGUCUAUCCAGCGGAGAAACAGCAGGUCCAAAUUGGGCCUCAUGCAUUUACAUUUGACAACAUAUUUGGUGGCAACGCCUCGCCAUGUUCCUCAAUUUUUGAGGAAUGUGUUUCUCCACUUGUUGAUGCCCUAUUCCAUGGAUAUAAUGCCACAGUACUCGCUUACGGUCAGACGGGGUCCGGAAAGACAUACACAAUGGGUACGAAUUACAACGGCGAAGACCAUAGCAGCGGUGUUAUUCCCAAGGUGAUGGAUAAAAUUUUCUCGACAGUGGAGACAAUGAAAGAGUCCACAGAAUUUCUCAUUAGAGUGUCCUUUAUUGAGAUUUUCAAAGAAGAGGUGUUGGACUUACUCGACCCAAAGAGUACUACUAUACAGAUUAGAGGAAGUGUGAGUGGAGGGAUUACACUUGAGGGUGUUACAGAGGCAGAGGUGACGACAAAGGAAGAGAUGGCUUCACGCUUGCUGAAAGGUUCAUCACGUCGUGCCACAGGGAGCACAAACAUGAAUACUCAAUCGAGCCGUUCACAUGCCAUUUUUACUAUCUCAAUGGAGCAAAAACGAACACCUCAAACUUCAGCUGGUGAUGAUGCUGAUGAUCUUUUGGUUGCGAAGCUUCACUUGGUAGAUCUUGCCGGCUCUGAGCGUGCAAAACGAACUGGUGCAGAUGGGACACGCUUGCAAGAAGGUAUUCAUAUCAACAAGGGUUUGCUGGCUCUUGGUAAUGUUAUUAGUGCCUUAGGGGAUGAGAAAAAACGAAAGGAGGGUGGUCAUGUUCCUUACCGUGACAGCAAGUUAACACGGAUACUGCAGGCAACAUGUAUCAGCCCCGCUGACACCAAUGCUGAGGAAACAAUUAAUACCUUGAAGUAUGCAAACCGUGCACGGAACAUUCAGAAUAAAGCAAUUAUCAACCGUGAUCCUGCGGCGGCACAAUUGCAAAGGAUGCGGAGUCAGAUUGAACAAUUGCAAGUAGAGUUGCUUUACUUUCGCGGGGACUCUAGUGCACCAGCUGAAGAAAUCCAAAAUCUCAAGCACAAAAUAUCUUUACUUGAAGAAAGUAAAAUGGAAUUACAGGUGGAAAGGGAUAGACUGAUUAUGCAAAUCGAAUCAAUUCAAAACGGAAAACCCAUGAAUGAGAUUGACAUCAAGUCUAAUAAGGAUUUUGAUAUGGUGAAGAGUUAUAUCAUGAAGAUUCAGGAUCUAGAGUCUGAAUUGAUAAAGGUGCAGUGUCUAAAUCAAUCAAGACGUGAGGAUUUUGCUGAUUACCUUGAUUCAGAAGAUGAUGGGAAUCACUCAGGAAAUUCGUGUAUCAUAGAUGCUGAUAUGAGAACAGAAAAAGAUGGGAUGGCCGAAGUUGUGGUAAAGGAACUUGAACAUUUUUCUCUUCAAGAAAAAUUGGACAGGGAAUUAAAAGAAUUAGACAAAAGACUUGAGCAAAAGGAGGCUGAAAUGAAGCAGUUCGUGGUUUCUGAUACAUCAAUUCUCAAGCAGCACUAUGAGAAGAAAGUUCAAGAUUUAGAACUAGUAAAGGGUGCUUUACAGAAAGAAAUUGAAGAACUUAGGCGUAAUCUUGCCAACAUUUCAUCUAAUUCUGAUGAUAGUGCUCAUAAGUUGAAAGAGGAAUAUCUUCAAAAGCUCAAUGUCCUCGAGAAACAGGUCGCUGAGCUGAAAAAGAAGCAGGAUGCUCAAGCUCAACUAUUGAGACAAAAACAAAAAAGUGAUGAAGCUGCUAGAAGACUGCAGGAUGAGAUCCAUAGGAUAAAAACACACAAGCUUCAAUUACAACAAAAGAUAAAGCAAGAAUCUGAGCAAUUCAGGCAGUGGAAGGCAUCUCGAGAAAAAGAAGUGCUUCAGCUAAAAAAGGAAGGACGAAGAAACGAGUAUGAGAUGCAUAAGCUGCUGGCUCUAAACCAGAGGCAAAAGCUGGUCCUUCAGCGAAAAACUGAAGAAGCUGCUAUGGCUACGAAACGUCUUGAAGAGUUGCUAGAUUCUCGUAAAGCUUCCCGAGAGACACCUGGUAACAAUGAGACAGAAUUUUUCUCUCUUAAGAAUGCACUUGUGCAAGCUAUUGAGCAUGAGCUGGAGGUUACUGUAGGAGUCCAUGAAGUGCGGUCAGAAUAUGAGCGACAAAUGAAAGAGAGGUCUAAAAUGGCUGAGGAGAUUGCGAGACUCAAGGAAGAAGCACUUUUAGAAAAGCAGCACAAACUAAGUGAAACCCCCCAGUCAAUGUCCCCUGGUGCUAGAAACUCUAGGAUCCAUGCCCUUGAAAACAUGCUUUCUACUUCUUCAAGUGCCCUUGUUUCCGUGGCAUCUCAAUUGUCAGAAGCCGAGGAGCGUGAGAGGGCGUUUAGUGGCAGAGGACGGUGGAAGAAUAUCCGUUCACUUCCAGAAGCAAAAAAUAUAAUGAAUUUCCUUUUCGAUGUUGCAUCCUCAUCCAGAUGUCAGCUAAAAGAUAGAGAAUUUGAUUGUAGAGAAAAAGAUUUGGAAAUUAGAGACUUAAAGGAAAAUUUGGUGAAGUUGGCUCUAGAGAGACCUUCCAAUGCAACAAAGGUGGGCUCUGGUUAUGUCUUACGACCUAAGGGAUCUCGUAACUCCUCAAGCAGUAGUGGAGAUUAUGAGUCCGAGCUACUGGAGGACAUGGACACAUCAUAUGAGUCGGAGGAAGAUGUCGAGUGGGGACACACGGCAAAGAGAAAAGGUCGUCAAGCUAGAAGGAAGGGGAAACUGGUCGAGUCAAUUUGUUGCACGUGCAGUAGAAAUUCCUUCUGCAAGACGUUAAACUGUGAGUGUCGGGCCGUAAUGG